GUUCGAAUCUCGGUCGAUGCGAAAGGCCAUGCCGACCGUUAACCAUUCCUCCGAUCCGAGAGACAGAUGAAUUCUCCUGGCCAUCUAUGAACCAUUACCGAGUUCUCAUGUCGAUCGGGGCCAACGCCUGUCAUCGUUUUCGAGCUCGGGAGCCCACGCGCACACACGCACACGCGCACACGCGCACACGCAUGGGAUGGACAUGUGGACCCGAGAAGUCUCCGCCCCUCCCCACACCCGACAAAUGGCGUACCUUGCGGACCACGUAUAACAUACAGCCAGCUACAUCGCUGUUCAAUUCAUUAUCUGAUCAAUUGACAAAAUGAACCGCGGUCCUCUCAUCUUGACCAUCGACGAAGCCGAGUACCUUCUCGAUCAGCUCCCUCCUCCGGGUCCUGACAUGUCUCCCCUCGAGGAGAAACUCCGCGAAAAGCUUGAGCAGUUCUUGAGGGAAGUCCGUAAGAACGCUGAGGGUGCUGGGAAGUCUGACUAAAUCUGUCAUUCCCUAAUAUGAUAAUGCAGUGGGUGUGUAGGUAGUUGGAACGGGUGGUUUGUCAAGUUAUACCCUCUCUCU